UUACUUUUUUUCUUUACACGAGAGUACGAAGAACUAAACUCAUUUCUUCAUAAAAUACUAUAAAAAUUUUUGAAUAUAAAAGAUUUCCACCAGAAGAUAUUCGAUCGUGCUGGAAGUGGCAGUGAUAACAUUGCAGCGUGACUGGGGUCCGCAGGCAGGCACGCGGAGGAAUGAGGGAUGAAGGAAGGAAGGAAAGAAAGAAAGAGAGGGUUUGGCUGCGCCAGUUUCCAUGGCGUUGCAAGCCUCCCCUCUAAAACAAAAGUGGCGAGAGCGGGUUCCACGAGACGAGGGUUCGUCAUCGACAGUCGCGAUGCUGGUGCCGAGCCUCGUGCUGGUUCUGCUGGGCGCGGGGUUGGGGGCGCGGCCACGCGAGCCCCCGGUGGUCACGGUGCCCGGCCAGGGGCCCGUCGGGGGCGUCGAGGUUGCCAUCUCGCGCUCGCAGAAGGGUUCGCUCUACCUGGCCAUCCCGUUUGCGCAGCCACCACUUGAAGAAUUCAGGUUCGCGCCGCCGAUGACCGAUCCGCUGCCCACAUGGACCGAGAAGCGGGCCCCCACCGGCCCAGCCCCCGCCUGUCCUCAGGCCGGCGACGUCGACUACGAGAAACUGGCCACCUCGCUCUUCGGGGCACCCAUCGCCGACCAAAGUGAGGACUGUCUCUACCUCAACGUCCUCGUACCAGAUGGAAAUCCGCCCGGUGAUGGAUGGCCGGUGAUGCUUUGGUUCCACCCUGGAAUGUUUCAGGCAGGAUUCGCCACCCAGUGGGACGCGUCAGCAAUGGCCAUCAAACACAAGAUGAUCGUGGUGACAGCGGCGUACCGGCUCAACAUUCUCGGCUUUCUGUCCACGCUGGACGCCAACUGUCCGGGCAACCUGGGGCUGCACGACCAGGUGGCGGCGCUCGACUGGGUCAACGGCAAGAUCUCAGCAUUCGGUGGCUCGGCCAAUAACAUCACAAUAAUGGGCUACGGCUCAGGAGGCGUGAGCGUCGGCCUGCACCUGGUGUCGCCACUGUCUGAGGGCCGCUUCCACAAGGCCAUCGCCAUGAGCGGCAACGCUCUCGUCCCUUGGGCCGUGCGCAAGUACGAGGUCGAGAAGAUGAAGCUAGCCACCAUCGCCGACGCCUAUGGCUGUCCGAAAAACACCGCCACCAACUCCGCUAAACUGCUUGAGUGCCUGCGCAAGGUCGACGCAAUGACACUGGCCAAGAUGGCACCUGAAAUUGGCAUGUGGGGUCCUGUGAUUGACGGGCCUUUCGCCAAUGUCAGUUUCCUUCCGCACGAUCCACUGGACAUGCUGCGGGAAGGCAAGGCGAAGACGAUGGUGCCCUUGCUGCUGGGCUACACGAACAUGGAAGAGGCGAUGGUUUUCGCCACGAUGAACAUGGACAAAGGCCUGGAUCGGGGCCAGUUCGAGGCCACCAUGCUCGAGCACAUAUCGUCCGAGCUGAACGACGCAAACAUGACUUGCACCAACGAACAGUCCAUCCUGGACGCGGUGCUCUUCUACUACAGCCCGCAGCCCACGCCCGACGACUCCAUGGCUCUCAGGGAGCGCCUCAUGGGCUAUGCCGUCGACAAGAAAUACGCUGCAGGUGCUUUUCUACAAGCGGUGCACAACAGCAAGCACAGUCCGACGUACAUGUACCGGUUCGACUACAAAAUGAAGACGAAUCUGGUGGACGCGGUGCCGGAGUGGGCCGCGGUGCCGCACCUCUUCGACCUGCCGUUCGUGUGGGGCAUGCCGUACUGGCCGCCGGCGGCGACGCAGCAGAAAAUCGUGUGGAACAGCGCGGACAAGAAGAUCACGGACGUGAUCAUGAUGCUGUGGGCCAACUUCGUGCGCACGGCCAACCCGGUGCACGCCGGCGUGGUGGUCAAGUGGGAGGCGUUCGUCGAGGACAGUCCGGCCAUCCUGCUGGUCGACACCAAGUUCAACCUGAGCGACACGCACAACUUCGACUACCGCUCCUUCUCCUUUUGGAACGACUACUACCCCAAGGUGAUGGAGCACGCAGCCGCAUGCUGCAACAUCAGCAGCGCCGCCCUCCCAAUCGGACACUCGUGGACGCCUUUCGGACACGUGCACCACCGCCUCUGGACGCUCGCACCCUUGUCCGCUGGAUUGUUCGCCGCCAGGAUUUUGCCCACCUAGAUGAUUCAAUUUCGUGCCCGUCCCGACGCAGGGUUUGCCAAUUUUGUAUAAAAAAUAAGUCGGAAAAUAACAUAUAAUUUUAGGUUUUCCCUCAGUAUUUGUCCGCAUUUUUCCGAGUUUCUGCAUCCUAAAAGAUAAAAAAAUUCGAUAAAAUUUGAAAAAACUAACUAUUUUGUUAAAUCAGAUAGGCACUAUAGUAAUUUUUGUUACGUCUAACAUAAAUAAAUAUUUUGAUUUAAUGUACAUAUUUGUUUCAGAAAAAUGCGCAUAUACGCAGAAAACACUGCAAUUGGAAAAAUGUGGCAGGUUUUAGCGAACCCUGCGUCCAAAGCCGUCGUGUGCUGCGUAAGGAGCAAUAUUUUACCAAAAAACCAUCUACGUUUUGGAUGUAAUGCAAAACGCCAAUAAUCUGACAAGUUUCAAUCUUAAUGAUUUCAGAAGAAUCCGAUUUGUCAGAAUUUCCAAAAUUUGAUAUGAAUCUGCUUAACUAUGCCAAGAGAUUGAAAAUUGCGAACUAUUGGCGAAAAGCAUUUUUUCUUUUUACGCUCGUAAUUUCAUACAUCAAUUUUUUUUAGAAAAUCGAUUGACAUGUCGUUACUUUAAAAAUUUAAACUAAACUCAUAGAUUUUUAUAACAAAUUUUGUAAUUUUUCGUGUAACUGUGUUGGUCUUAAGUCUGCAAACAAUCCUUCAUUUCGCGUCAAUCCUACGAAUUUCGCUAAAUUUUUUUGGAGUGAAUCAUUUUCUAAAUUUAAGCAUCAAUUUCAAAAAAAGAAUUGAAUAAUGUUAUUAAAAUUCCAAAAGUAAAAAGGCGGUAAAAGUGUUACGCAUUUUAGCAAUAAUAUGCUUGACAACUGCUGCCAUCAUCGCAUGUGCAUUUUAAUCCAGUAAAAAAAUUUCCGACUGAAUGAAAAUCCAACUAUGGAACAAGAAAAGGGGCCAUAAAACACAGACAAAUUGAACAUUUUCUAGUCAAUUUUAGACGUGUAGAUUCUUUCAAAGCAAAAUAAUUAAAAGAAUUUCAUGCUGGGGUCAUGUUGCAAAUUGGGGCCAAAUCCCUGAUAUUGUGUCACAUUUUAUAAUAGCGUGUGCUCAAAAGCCAAUCAAAGAAAAUUAAAGAAGUUCACCCAACCACCAUAAAUUAACUCUGAUUAUAUUUGUACAAAAAUUCUGUAAAUAAAAGUUGUAGAUAAUGAAAUAAUAAAACAUCGUUUGUUGCAGCUAUAA